CCUGACCUAAUUUUAUAGACAUGCUCAUCACUGAUAAAUGGCGACUGUAAAUGCUAAUAAUUUUGAGGUGCCCACUUGGGCUGGGAAACCCCCUCCUGGACUUCAUUUAGAUGUCCUCAAAGAGGGCAAAAUGAUUCAGAAAUUAAUGAUUGACGAGAAAAAGUGUUAUUUCUUUGGCCGCAAUAAACAGCUGUGUGAUUUCUGCAUCGACCAUGCCUCCUGCUCUCGUGUUCAUGCAGCUUUAGUGUGGCACAAACACUUAGGACGACCCUUUAUCAUAGACCUGGGGAGCACACAUGGUACUUUCAUAGGUCACAUUAGGCUUGACCUGAAGAAACCUCAGCAAGUCCCAAUAGACAGUGAACUCCACUUUGGUGCCUCCUCGCGGGUCUAUAUUAUCAGAGAGCGUCCUCAGAUGCCGUCUACUUACUCAGAUGAUAAAGACAAAACAGGAGAAGAGAUUGGUGAAGGAGGACUGCUGGGGUUGCCAGAGUCUGAGACUGAGCUAGAGAAUCUAACAGAAUUCAACACAGCACAUAAUAGAAGGAUAGCUGCCAUAGGAGAUAUAGCGGAUGUCCCGAUGGUGAACAGGAAGAGGCGGCGGAAAUCUGUGGGGUUUAGAGAAGAGGACGAAGUCAUUAAUCCAGAGGACAUUGAUCCCACAGUGGGUAGAUUUAGGAACAUGAUCAGCACUAUGGUAAUCCCAUCAAAGAAACCAAAGCUAGAUGCAGCAGGCAGUGGGAGUUCCAUGUUUCCUCAAGUUCGCCAAGGUCAAGGUCAUUUUGGAUCACAUUUAUACUCAGAUCUUCCGUCAGCCACAGACGAGACUGGACUGGUGAGCAGUACAUAUAGCAUUGCCACCAAGCUGGGUCUUCCUGUGCCAAACCUGGCACCUGACUUAGAGGAAGUGUCCAGCUCCAUGCUGCAGAUAGCACCUGCUCCGGCUGUGGUCAGUAUGGACAUUGAACAGAAAGAACCCAAGAAGAAAAAAUAUGCCAAGGAAGCUUGGCCUGGGAAGAGACCUACUCCUGCCUUACUGGUGUAAUAUCAUCUUGGUAUUACAUGUGGAUUUAUGUCAACAAGCCUAUGUCAUAUUUUCCUGUGUUUUUAGAAGCAUUCAUUAAUGCAGUUGUGCAUGAGGUUUAAUGUCAUUUGUCUUUGUCAAAAAAAUUAGAUCAUUUCAUCAUUCCAUUGUCAAGUUAAUAAUAUAGAGACUCUGAACAAUAUCAAGCAAUUGAACUUGAUUAAUGUUAGUUUGCCAGAAAAGUGGGCUGCUUGUGGUUUCUGCAUUAGAAAUCCAGCCCAAGGGCCCUUUGAAAGAGACACUGGGGGCAAGACAUGCGUGUUCAUCUACACAAGGAUAGGUUAAGGGUAGAAUAUCAAGGUUGAAUACCAUUUUGUGUUCAACUAUGACUUUCACAGUGGUGAUCUAUAAGAAAAUUAGGAAGUACAUCAUUUCUGUGUGCAUUUCAUUGUUACUUGAUGGUUUUUGACCUUUUAUAAUGGUCCAGGUACACUGCAUACAUCUGGUAGUGUGGAAAAUAGAUGGACUUGGGUAAAGGCCUAGUAUAUGUCAGGUAGUAUGGGGUUGCCCACCUGUACUAGUCAGGUGAGAGAAGUGAUGUCAGGUGAGCAAGAAAACUUUUUACUGAACUCAGAAGCCAGCCAGGGCCGUGCAUUUCACAAGGGGAAUUUCAGGAACGGAAGACUUGUGCUCUUUAUGAUGUGGGAAUCUGUUUGUUUGCCUGAACUUUGAUGUAUUCAUGAAAUGCAAAUGAUCAUUUGUAUAUAUAUAUAUAUAU